AUGGAUUUAGAGUAUCUGGAGGAGAACUUUGAUCCCAGGGGUAUAAAAGUGGCGCAAUUGCGUCGUAUCCUGCAGGAAAACGAUGUGGUUUUGUCGCAUGGUUUGAAAAAGGCUGAGCUUUGCGAGCUAUUUGAACAACAAAUAAGGCCCAAAAGAGCGGAACUCUUGCGUCAAAAUCAUGGUAGAGAUCAUAAGGAUGAUAUAGAGCGAGCCACAACAGAUUCUAGCUUUUCACGAGACGUUUCGGAGGAGGAAUCGCCCUUCACUAACGAAAACGACUUUCAGAAAAAGCCAAAGAAAUCCAAAAAAACGAACAGGAAGCGUAAAAUGGAGGAAACAGAUGAUGUUGAUGCUCAAGAUGCUCCAAAGCCCAAAAAACGUGGUAAAAGUAGACUUCCUACAGCAGUCACAGACGAUGAAUCGAGAAAUAAACCGGUCACGGGAUCUCCAUUGGUUGACAAAGUGCAGUCCAAAAGUCCUAUCAAAAGCUCACCACAUAAGUCUCUCGUUAUUGAAAAGUUCGAAUCGUCCUCUUCGUCUUCGCCUUCUUCUUCACCGCUACCGGCCUCGUCCAAUGCUGAGAUAAUGGACUUUUCUCUUCAACGCAGAACUGCGUCGCCUGAUCUCUCCAAACUAAAAAUUAGCCCAGAAUUUAGAGAAAAGCUGAUGAAAGCUUCUUCUGGAUCACCCAGUGUUGCUUCUACAACGAAUAGGUCUGCAGAGGUGAAGACUGAGCUCUCAGACACCUCUUUUCAAGACUUGCCCUCGUUUUCUAGCGCGCAGAAACGAUCAUCCGCACAGGCAACCCCUUCCAAGAGCUCUGAAGAUAUCAAAGGUGAUUCAGGACCGGUCGGUAGCCAAUCUCCACCCCAUGAUGUUUCCACAGAUAUCUCAGAAGUAACAAAGAAGUCGAGAGGCGCCUCUACGGAGCGUGGUAAGAAAGAAGAAACACCUGAAAGGUCGGCACAGAGUUCUGUGGAGGACCACGAUGUAUCUACGGAAAAUGAAACUAUCGCAUCUUCGGAGGCCGAAGAUAAUGAUGAGUCUAUUUCGUUGCAUACUCUCGAGGAGCGCGUUGACGAAACCGAAGCCGAAUCCGAGUUACAUAGGGACUCAGAGGCGAAAGAGUCUGAGGAGGAAAAAGAAGCGGCCGAGACAGCAGUAGAGGAUCACACAGAGGAAAAAGAGCAUCAAACUCCACAGACAAGAAAAAGUUCUAAGUUCUGGAAAAAUGCUCGAUCUGGAGCCAAGACCUUGGGGAGCUUGUUGUGGAAGCUUGUUUUGAAUAUAAUGAUAAUUCUUCCAAUUCUCUUUGGUCUUUGGUAUCGCGAACAAAGAAUUCAAAUCGGCUACUGUGGACACGAGGUCAAUUUGCCGACUUUCGAAAAUGCUCAUGAGGCGCCAUGGAUGUCCCGCGUGGAAGAAUUUUUGGAUCAGAGAAAGCCUCCUUGUUUACCAUGCCCUGAAAAUGCCAUUUGCUAUCCUUACAUGAAAAUAAAGUGCAAACCUGACUAUGCUGUCACCAAGUCUAAAUGGAGUCUACAAGGUCUUUUCCCUAUCAGUGAUUACUGUGCGAAGGACUCCAAACGUGAAAAACUUAUCGCAGAAGUCGUCCAAAAAUCUCUAGAGCUUUUGAGAACAAAGAAUGGAAAUGUGAAAUGUGGCGAAAGCACCGAUGACUUAGAAAGCGGGAUAACAGAGGAUGACCUGUAUCGAAUCUUCUACGAAUCCCGAGCCCCUUCUAUCAAUAGUGAGGAUUUUGAAGACCUGUGGUCUCAAGUGGUAGAAGACCUGAAGCAUGAACCUGAUAUUACCUGGAGGCAACGACACUCACUUGAAUCUGACACUGCAGCAAAUACCGACGUCGAUACUGAAACCGAUGACGUUUCGGAACAGGAGAAGUAUCUUCAACGCGGCAGCUCAAAAAACGGGAUUUUUCGCUCGACAUCCAAGAAGUACAUCGGACUCAGAUGCAAGUUCGAGAGAGAAGUUUAUCAAACUUAUCAGAGAUUCAAAUACGUGAUCUGGGCGGUCAUUGGGAUAGUUGUCCUGAUCAAAACCGUAACACACCAACUGCGUGCAUAUUUCAGAAGACAAGAGAAGAUUGAGCGACUGACACAGCAGGUUGUUGCCAAACUUCAGAAAACAGCUGCCGACUCCCGGAACUCUGCUUCGCCCGCCACUUUAAGCGUUGUUCAGUUGAGGGACGUCCUGCUUUCCGAUGUGGUGGACCUAAAGUUGAAAAAUGAUUUUUGGAAUUCUGUUGUCAAAAAGUUGGAAAGCAACAACACAAACGUGAGAAGCAGUCUCAUGGAAGUGCAUGGUGAAAUAAUGAAGUGCUGGGAAUGGGUUGGCCCAGUCGAAGACUAA